UGAGAGCGCGUUCAGUUCAGUUGCCUGAAGAUUGUCGGAGUGAGCGGAUCGAAAUGGAGACCCAAGCAUUUGUUGUGACACUUUUCGUGGCGCUCUGCUGCUGCGGCAUGCCACAGCGAACGGAAGCGGCUCGCAUGAGGCUACCCCUGAUACCGACAUUGCCAAAGCAGUUGAAUUGUCGUGCCGACAACAUAGGGUUCCCCUUCAAUCUGACAGCUCUCUCUGGCUACUGGUACGAGGCUGCCCGAGUGCCCAAUGUGGAUGUGCUGGAGUGCCUGAAUGUAUCUGUGCCCGACGCCAUCGUAGAGGAUCGCUUUGCGCUGGACUUGAAGUACAUUAGCACCGUGAACGGUGGCUGGCAGUAUACCGAAGAGCAGGUCGACUUUCCCUGGGAAAAUGCCACCCAAUACGGCACCUUCCAGCUGCACUACGGAAAGAUCAUUGUCACCUACAAACUGGCAAUCACCGACUACACCACGUACGCCUUCGUCUGCGGCUACGGCAACAUAUCCCCCAUACCCAUCUUCAAGCUCUUCACGCGCCAACGAGAACUUAACCGGACAACAAUAGCUCUAAUUCAGGCGGCAGCCGAUCAGUACGGCAUCGGCUCCCAGAUUGCCUGGGAGCAACAAUCGCUGGCCAAGUGCACUGCCUCCACAAUGCAAACCUCGUUGGGGUUCGUAAUUGGAUUCGUUUUUCUAUGGUGCCGCAUACUCACAUAGCUCGAGGUCAAAGAUGGUUGGAUAUAUAGUUAGAUUUUAUGUCACAUCAUGACAAAAGUUACGUGGAUAUCCAUAUCUUUAUUAUGAUUUGCGGCCGUUGAACUGAUCUUUAUAUCACUCACUAAAGUCUGUUAUCGUAAAGAAAUUUCGACCAAAGAAAGUUGACCUUCCCAUUUAGAU